AUGGCAUCUAUUCCUAUAUGGGUUAUAUUUAUCGCUGCUACAGCAGCCUUUUAUGUGCUAUUUGUCGUUAUAGAGAGCUCAAAACUCAUUCCAGGUUUAAACCAGGCAGUACAAUCAACUAUAGAGGCCACGAGCUCCAAUGCAAAGAUACUCACCGAAUCUUCAUCCAUAGCUGCGUUUAUAUCUCUGUUUGUUAUUGUCUGCACAGGCAUUGCUGGUGGAAAGUUGGCUGAAAGAUUCAAACAGGCUCCCAUGCUAGGAAUGCUUAUUGCUGGCUGUUUGGUUCGCAAUCUGUUUCCCUUGCUCAUAGUACCCAUUCCACAUUCGUGGACUACCAGACUGUGGGCAAUUGCCCUCGCUAGUGUCGUUGCACGCGCAGGGCUGUCGAUUGACCGCCACACUAUCCAUGCCAACCUCACCACCACUCUUGCUGUGGGAAUUAUUCCAGUCUGUACUGAGGCUAUAGUAUUGGCAGGGUUGGCAUCUAUUGUAUUGAAACUACCAAUUGCAUGGGCUUUUACAUUGGCAUUUGGUGUGGCCUCGAUUUCUCCUGGUGUUGUUGUGCCACUAGUGCUCAAUAUUGCUGAACGUCCAGAAUGGAAAACAAAUAGACUUCCUCCAUUAAUGCUUGCUGCAUUGGGCGUAGAUGUGCUGGUUUCUACUACUUGCUUUGGUAUCGCACUUUCAUCCGCAAUGGGCCACUACCAUGAACACAAUGACUGGAUCCAUGAUGCAUGGUUUACGCGUGCACUAGAGGAAAUCGUUGGCGGACUGCUUGCUGGUACUUGCAUUGGGUUUAUUGCAUACAUGUGCAUGCGAAAUCAGAUUAGAGACUGGCUUUCUUUUUGGGUUGUUUUUGCGUGUAACUGUAUCGCAACGAUCAUUGGCAAAACAAAUGGGUUUACUGGUGCCGCGUCUUGCUCGACUAUCUUGACCUGGGCAAUCAUUGCCAAUUCAUGGUCUAGACCAAAUAUAGAAGCUGCAGAUACAAGGCUUAAACUCAUUUGGAAAGCAUUCAAGCCGUUCCUAUUCCCAGUCAUUGGUGCAUCUGUUUCAUUCAAAGAAAUGCCACUUUAUCUGUUCACUACUGCUCUACUACUGGUAACAAUCUCUGUACUGGUAAAGCAAGUCUCGUGCUUUUGGGUAACUCGUGCCGUAAAUCUUUCUGAUGAGGAAGCUUAUUUUUGGUGUGGAAUGUGGACCGGCAAAGCCAGUGUACAGGCGACACUGUGCGGAGCUGCUUUAGAACUGGUCCACCAUCAAGGAUUAGAAGGCUCACCACAAGAAGCCCAUGCGCGCGUGGUAUUUUGUGGAAUGAUUUCGGCCAUUUUGAUUGGAGUGCCCUUUGCAUCUGGCUGGGCAUCGUCCUAUGGUCCUGGAACAAGUAUACCCAUGCCUAGCACUGAAUCAGGACUCUGUACUACGAUUUUACCAGUGAUUAUACCGUCUCUACUGAGUAAAUCGGAGCGUAAAACCAGUGAAGAUUUGUCCUUGCGUUCUUGA